CUGACGCACCGGAGCGGAGCGCGGCGGUGCGCAUCUUCAUUCCCGGCUACAGGAGGAAAGGUGCGCGCAAUGUCUGUCCCAUCCUCGGUAACUGUUCUUCUACUCCACUCUUUGACUCGUAUCUGAUUCAAGCGACUUUUCUUGCUUUCGCUACUGUGUUCCAGCAUCGGACUGUGUGCUUUAGGACCAGCUGUAGUGAUAUUUAAUUCAGCGCGCAACAACUGAGGAGGAAAGGUGAAUGCAUCGCUAAUAAAAGGCGUUGAGAGACAUCUAAGACGCAGGACUUAUUCUGCCAACACAUUCAUUACAACCUCCGAUGCCAAUGAAGAUUAUGGAUGUACUGUCAGGAAAUCUCUGUGACAUUAUUAAAUAUUAACCGGUGUGGAGUUUAAAAAGCACUUUUCCUCCAUGUGAAGCUCUUUAAGUUCUCCGAUGAUGGACGGCAGACAGUCGCCAAGGACUUUCACACCGGAUUGUGCAGCUUUUGCCAACACAUGAAGGGAAGAAACAUGUUGUGUCUGAUGAAAUCUCGCAGUUUAUCAGACAGCAGCAGGGCUAUGGGGAUCAGACAUGGGUCAAAAAUCAAACAUCACUCCAAACCCAUCUCUAAAAUGUAUUUCAUUUUUAUUUUGCUCCUGCUCAUUUUCACACCAAGAGUGGAUUCAUCGUGGUGGUACAUCGGAGCGCUGGGUGCUCGGGUGAUCUGCGAUAACAUUCCCGGCCUGGUGAAUAAGCAGCGGCAGCUGUGCCAGCGGCACCCGGACCUGAUGCAGUCCAUCGGUGAGGGAGCCAAAGAGUGGAUCAAAGAGUGCCAGCACCAGUUCAGACACCACCGCUGGAACUGCAGCACGCUGGACCGGGACCACACGGUGUUUGGCAGGGUGAUGCUGCGAAGCAGCCGUGAGGCAGCGUUUGUGUACGCCAUCUCGUCAGCAGGAGUGGUCUACGCCAUUACCAGGGCCUGCAGUCAGGGGGAGCUAAAGAUCUGCAACUGCGACGGCCACAAGCGAGGGCAAGCUAGCGACGACAAGGGCAGUUUUGACUGGGGCGGAUGCAGUGACAACAUCAACUAUGGCAUAAAAUUUGCCAAGGCCUUCGUAGAUGCUCGAGAGAGGAUGGUGAAAGACGCUCGUGCACUGAUGAACCUGCACAACAACCGGUGCGGUCGGAUGGCAGUAAAGCGCUUUAUGAAGCUGGAGUGCAAGUGUCAUGGGGUCAGUGGCUCCUGUUCUCUGAGGACCUGCUGGCUGGCGAUGUCAGACUUCAGGCGGACUGGAGACUACCUUCGCAAGAAGUACAACACGGCCAUCGAGGUGACCAUGAACCAGGACGGGACGGGCUUUACGGUGGCUGACAAGGACUUCAUGGGAAGCACCAAGAAUGAGUUAGUGUAUGUCGAGAACUCACCAGAUUACUGUCUCACAGACCGCUCAGCAGGCUCCUUGGGCACAGCGGGCAGAGUGUGCAACAAGUCGUCCAGAGGCACGGACGGCUGUGAGGUCAUGUGCUGUGGGCGGGGCUACGACACCAUGCGUGUCAAACGUGUCACCAAGUGCGAGUGCAAGUUCAAGUGGUGCUGUGCUGUGGAGUGCAAAGACUGCGAGGACUUAGUGGAUGUUCACACCUGCAAGCCUCACAAGCGACCCGAUUGGCUGGACAUAACCUAACACGGAGACCUGACCAAUCACAGGUCACCACUGACUCAAUAACCUGCGUGCUAAUGACUUCGUUUUGCUUUGGGAUAUAUAAAUUGGAUCUCUUACCUGUAAUACUUCUGGCUUAUUUUUGAUCCUUUGACACUUCCGGAAGCAGAGACUUCACAGACCUUGAUGCUAAACUGGAAAUUAGGCCCAGUUACUGAUCGUGCUGCUUUAAUAAGUGUUUCUGAGAACUAUUUGUUGAGCUUUUUUUAAGACAAACUUUGAAUCUUUGCUACAAAAUGGCUGAAUAUUGUUUUAUUCUGUUGUAAAUACACCCUUCAGUGUUUCCCAUAGGUUGACUGCUUUAAUCUGGUGGGUGGGUUGGUGGGAUGGGGGUGCUACCACCACACCAAAUUCUGUUCUCAGUUUAACACUUUAAAGAUUCUUUAAAUAUUUAUUACUAGUUUUAAUUUAGUGUAGUUUUUGUUUAGUAACUUUUCAAAAUUCACAUUAACCAUUCUUCACUACGGCAUGAAUUAGAUCCACCGCACAGCACUUAUUUAAAAAGAAAAUCUAUCACUUUUAAAGCUGGUUCGCCAGUGACUCCUGUCAUUUCCUUACAAGCAAUGGAACAUUUAAAAGGCCGACACAGUUAUAGUGGAAAAACUGCCCCUGUUUGAAGCAGAGAUACGUGGUAAUUAGACAUGGUCCGAUAGCGUUUUUUUAUUCUGUUUUUUUAUUCCUGGUACAGAUUCUGAUACCUGAACUUGCGUAUUGGUGUACUUAUCCGAUACCAGAGUGUCAUAUGUUUUAUUAUGUUUUAACAGCUGUAUACUAAAAACCCUUGUAUGGAUGUGAUAUGAUUUCAAUCUUUGUUGUCGGUCUGCCUCAGGUUAAACUCUCGAAUAAUUAAUGCCACAGAACUUUCUUUUAUUAUCCAGUUUGACAGUCAGUUAUAACAGAGAAAGAACAUAAAAUAAACUACUUUAACGUAGAUUUUCUUUAGGGUUUUAGUAUGUGGUAUCGGAUCGGUGCAUAAACUCCAGUACUUCCCGAUACUAGCGUUUUAGGCAGUAUUGGAGGCAAUCGGAACAUCUCUAGGGGGAAUGCCCGCUUGUUUUACAGUAUGUAAAGACUGUGUGAGAACAUGACAUACUUCUCAUACUGAUUAGAAUAGCAGUAAUAUUUAGCCUGAAGAAAGAGACAAAGAAAAAUGAAAUAUUGCAAAACUCUGACAUUGUAUCAUUUAAAAUGACAGGCUAUAUAGUAUGCUAUUGCAACAAAUUAACAGUUGCUGCUAAUGUUUCUAUUAGAAUUAGAUCAGACAUUUGCACUGUGAACCGGAAGGAACUACAAACAGGAAAACAAGGAAGGACUUCAGUUAAUGUAAAGUCGCGGGAAUCUUGCAGUAAGGCUGAAUUUUGGCAGAUUCACGGUCAUAUGGACUUUGGACUAUUGUCUGACAGGGUUAAAUUUUGCGUACAGUAUUCCACGUCAUGUCAUUUCUACCUCUGGUUCUUUGUUUUUGCUUCCCAUGUUUUGACUGAAUAACACACUGACAGCUUUAAGCAAUAGUCCUUAGGCUGUGUUGGGGGUUAGGGUUAGCAGCACUGCGUAAAUACAAACUCAACCUCAUACAUUUCAAAUAUGCUACUGCGGCAAACAAUGUAAAAACACUGCAGCAAAACGAGGCACAUCGAGUACAUGCAUCUGAUGUUGAUGACUUACUUUAACGGGAAUGCACUAAUUCUUCUGUAUACCGGAUGAUUGUCCAAGGAUGACCAAAUGAUUUUUCGAUGUAAAACAACUUUCCAAAGUUGUCAAAUCAGUGUCAUAAUAUUA